UCGGUCGUAUCAAGACUAUCAAAUCAGGUAUUAACAGCGGUAGGCGAAGUGAUUUGUCUUGUUUGCCUAAGGUAGUGAUAUCUGGCUGGUCUAAUUGCUGAUUUCAUUUAAAGAGUACAAGGCAAAUACUAGCUAUUUUAUGUGCAACUGCUAUAAAGUUUUCUGCAAUUAACAAUUCCAGCAGUCAAUAUAUAAACACUAAUUGUUGAAUUCCUUACUAAUUAUAUCAAUUUCAUUUGCGGUUUUUUCAAACAAUAAUGUCUAAAAAACACCACAUUUUUGUGAGUAAAAGUAUUGAUACAGAACAGGAUGAGAAAUUACUUCAACCUUCCACUUAUAUAUGUCAAACAAUAAUGUCUAAAAAAAAAGUUUUGAGUAAAAGUAAUAAUACAGAACAGGAUGAGAAAUUACUUCAACCUUUCACUUAUAUAUGUCAAAUACCCGGAAAAAAUAUAAGAUCCAAAUUUGCCAGAGCUUUCAAUGUAUGGAUGAAAAUACCUGAAGAUACACUUGCGAAAAUAGAAGAAAUUGUUCAUAUCCUUCAUAACUGCAGCCUACUGAUCGAUGAUAUUCAAGAUAGCUCAGUCUUGCGGAGGGGAGUACCAGUGGCACAUGCAAUUUAUGGUGUUCCUAGUUCGAUAAAUGCUGCUAAUUAUUGCUUAUUUAUAGCCUUAGAGAGAGUGCUGGAAUUGAAGAACCCUGAAGCAGUACGAGUCUAUAAUGAACAACUUUUGGAACUACAUAGAGGUCAAGGCAUGGAAUUGUACUGGAGAGACAAUUUUUUGUGUCCAAGUGAAGAAGAAUAUAUAGAAAUGACUAAGAGAAAAACUGGUGGUCUUUUCAUGUUGGCAAUAAGAUUAAUGCAGUUAUUCAGUGAAGACAAGUCUGAUUAUACAAAGUUAACUGGCAUUAUUGGUUUAUAUUUCCAAAUUAGAGAUGACUAUCUAAAUCUCAUUUCUAAAGAGUAUGCACAACAUAAGAGCUUUUGUGAGGAUCUAACAGAAGGAAAAUUCAGUUUCCCUAUCAUCCAUGCUAUUAAAACACAUCCCGAGGAUGAUAAAAUUAUACAUAUUUUGAGGCAAAGAACCAAAGAUAUAGAAGUGAAGAAAUAUUGUGUUAAACUAUUAACUGAAAUGGGAAGUUUCGAAUAUACCACGGAAGUUUUGGGUCGUUUACAGAAAGAAUCAGCUGUUGAAAUAGAUAAAUUAGGAGGCAAUUCCUACAUGGAGAAAAUAUUGGCUUUGCUAUUCAAAUUAGAAUAAACAAAAUGCGCAAUAAUUUCUGUAUUAAACACACCAAAGAUUUUUGAGGAAUAAAAAAUGGAUGUUGAGGACUGGUUGGUUGACCAAGUUUUUUUCUCAAUGCAAAUGUUUUUGAAAUAUUUUUAUGUCGAAAUUUAUUUUUAAAAUUAGUAUUAUUAUACAUACCGAGAGAGAGAUUAUAUUUGUCUUUCCUGAAUGCAAUAAAUAUUUCAUAAUUCUGUU